AAGGCUUGUUGGCUUUGGUUGUUGGCGUGGAUUCUCUUGUUAAGCUCUCGAAAAUGAAUUAGAAUCCGUCGACCCGCGACCGCGAGUGCGCCAGCACGACUCGCCACGACAAACUCCUACGAGCACGACCAAGCGAGCGACACCCGGGGAUCGGUCGGACCAAGCAAGCCGGCUCGCCGCUCGCCGGCCUGCUUCUGAUCGUCGUCCGCCUGGCCUUGCAUCGGCAGCGGGAUGGGCACGCCUUCGAUGCAGAAGAGCUGGCGCAAGGCGUGCGGCGCCAUCAAGGACUCCACCACCGUCAGCCUCGCCAAGGUCAACAGCGGCCGCGACCACCUCAAGGAUCUCGACGUCGCCGUCGUCAAGGCCACCAGCCACGUCGAGCGCCCGCCCAAGGACCGACACCUCGCCAAGAUCGUCGGCGCCCGGUCGCGCACGGAGGUCUCCCACUGCGUCCACGCGCUCGCCAGGCGCCUCUCCAACACCAGCAACUGGGUGGUGGCUCUGAAGGCGCUGGUGGUGAUCCACAGGGCGCUGCGGGAGGGGGACGGCGGCGCGUUCAGGGAGGAGCUGCUGAGCCACGGGCGGCGGCGGGGGCACGCGCUGCGGAUGUCCAGCUUCAAGGACGACUCGGGCCACCUGGCCUGGGACUGCUCCGCGUGGGUGCGCACCUACGCGCUCUUCCUCGAGGAGCGGCUCGAGUGCUUCGCGGUGCUCCGGUACGACGUGGAGGCGGAGCGCCUCCGAGCCCCGGCGCCGGCGGCGGAGGGGCAGACGCCUCACACCAAGGCGCAGGGCCGGACGAGGGGCCUCGGCAAGGACGACCUCCUCGAGCAGCUCCCCGCGCUGCAGCAGCUGCUCUUCCGGCUCGUCGGCUGCCAGCCUGAGGGAGCGGCGUUCGGGAACUACCUCAUACAGUACGCCUUAGCUCUGGUGUUGAAGGAGAGCUUCAAGAUCUACUGCGCCGUCAACGAUGGCAUCAUCAACCUCGUGGACGUGUUCUUCGACAUGAGCAAGCUCGAUGCCAUCAAAGCCCAGGACAUCUACAGAAGAACAGGGACUCUGCCACCUGCGUCGUUUCUUGCAACGAUGGAGGAGUACAUCAGAGAAGCCCCCAGGGCUGGUCACGUUGCAAAUAAGACCAUUGAAUAUCGGCAACUGGAUCCUACUGCAGACCAAGAAGAACAACCACCACCUGAACCGCCCCGCGAGGCCACGACGGAAGAACCUACAGUGGAGGAACCGCUGCCGGAGCCCGAAGAGGAAGCCCACUCUGCAACUGACCUCGACGAUGAACCUGAACCUGCCACCACCACUGCCGAUUUCGAUUUACUGGGUUUACAUGAGGUGAGCUCCGCUGCCGCUGAGAUCGAGGAGAGCAACGCACUGGCCCUGGCCAUUGUAGCACCAGGUGGUGGCAGCAGCGCGUCUGCGUCUGCGUCUGCUGCUGUCGGCAUGGCUGGAUCAUCGGGCUGGGAGCUGGCGCUGGUCGCGGCACGGACCGACAUCAGCAACCGAUCGGCAGAGAUGAAGCUGGCCGGGGGCUUCGACGGCCUGCUGCUCGACAGCCUGUACGAGGACGCGGCGAGGAGGCAGCAGCAGCAGGCGACCCACGCGGACCCUGCCGGGGACCCGUUCGCCGCGUCGACGAGCGUCGCGCCGCCCACCGACGUGCAGAUGUCGAUGAUGCAGCAGCAGCAGCAGGAGAUGUUUGGGAUGCCGCUGCCGUUUCAGCAUGCCGGCGCUGCUGCUGCUUCUUCUCAGGCUCUGGCCAAUCCGUUCGGUGACGCGUACUCUGCUAUGUUACCCCAGGGGCAGGGGCAGGGCACCCCCUUCCAUGGCCACGGGAGCGGCAGCUUGAUCUGAAUAUGUACUAUGCUUGUUUUGUGUAGAAGUAGCAGCAUCCGGUAGCUCUGGUUUUAAUUGGGACUAUCACAUGAUGAUUGACUAGCAACAUCGUGGCUGUGCGCCAUGGGAUCGACACAGAUGAUGAAUCUUAUCUUUUUUUAUCUUCUGACAAACCACGCUGCUACAUUCGUACAUACAAACAUCACUACAUCAGCAGCGCUGUUUUCAUCUUCUGCCUGCAAUACAGCAACAUACUCCCUCCGUCCCAAAUCAGCGACACUUAUUUUGGGACAGAGAAAGUAGU